AGGGAACUCAUGAGAGUCGGAAACACGGAGCGAGGAGCCAGGGAACCAGGGAGCAGGCGCACCAGGAAGCUACUGCGUUGAGGAAACCGUUUUUGCAGUUACUCUGAAGCCCUAAGGUUCAAGCGACCCGCCACCAUUCACCCGAACUUCACCCGACCAUCAGCCAGAACCGCUUUUUCUAUGGGGAUUCCGAAGCCUGUGUUGCAGAUAAAUGCGCAAUGCAUUGCCAUAGCACACACAGUGUGCUCGUCGAGUGCGUUUCUCGCUGCGUUGGCGAUUGGGUACACGCUUCACUUUGAAAAGAUAGUCAGAAACGAACACUACGGGUACCCCGACGAGUGGUUUCCGAGUGUCUCGGCGACGAUCGGAGAUAGGUAUCCCGAGCGGUCCGUAUUCCAGAUAUUGAUUGCCCUUACUUCAGGCCCACGAUUCUUGCUCCUCUUUUUCACGUACGUCAGGCUGUACCAGCCAAACUCUUCUCUACCCAAGGUGGCCAUUAUUUCGGGCAUUGUGAGGACAGUCACGUGCGGAGGAUGGGUGUACAUCACCUCGGGCGACGAUCACGACUGGCACGACAUCUUCAUGAUUGCCUACAUUGUCUUGACGUUGCCGUGGACCAUUUCGGUCACAAAGUUGUCUCCUCCGGGCUCGGCGUUGAAGAAGUACAGGAAGUACACCGCUCUCUUGUUUUUUGGAAUGCUCUUCCCCUUGAUAUACCUUUUCAUUGAACACAAGGUGAGACGGAUUCCAGGCUCCUACUCCUACUACGCAUACUGCGAAUGGAGCUUGAUCGUAUUGGACGUUGCCUUUGAUGCUUGGUCCAUCAAGGAUUUCAAAGACCUGUAUCUUGAAGUCAGACCGUCGGAUGCGGACGACGAGUUCUUUUCCCUGAAUUUCGGCGUCCAGGCUCCGACUGAGGAUGGAAAGAGCAAUUCCGGCCACAAAAUCUCAACGGAAAAGUUAAUACCUCGGAGAUCCACCGAAUUCAAUUCUUCGUAUAUCCAGAUCGUUAUCAACAUUAUCAACUCCUAUCUAUUUUGGUCCAUCUUCACUUCGCUAUUUCUAUGCAUUUGGUACUUUCCUCUUUGGUUCAUGGGUAUUAGUGGCUACGAGGUGGUCAUUGUGAGUUCUUUUAGUCCAAUUCUGCUGUUGAACGAAAAGAUCAAAUCAACAGCCUAUUCUGCUCCGAACAGGAUGAGACUCUAUGCCUGUCUUUUUGGUGUCGGUGCAUGUCUCAUUCCUGAUCCAACUUUACGUCUUCUUUCCAUCAGUGUCGGGAAUUCUUUUGCGUUCAUUUCGUUGACCACCGAAAUAUCUCUCAUCGGAUCAACCAGAUCAGUUUCAGCCAUCAAAAGCUAUGCCACCACGUUUAUGCUUGGCCUCACAUUAUCCUCUAUAUCUAAGUUUGCAUACUGGACCAACAACCCUGUCUGGCCAAUUAUGAAUGAUAAGACUGGAGGCUUUCCUAAGACAGGGUUGUUGAUAGGUCUGAUUUCAGCCUACUACACUGUCAUUCCCACUAGCACAAUAGCUGCAAAGCCUAAAGAAUUGAAAGAGUCUUCGGAAAAGUCAAAAGCGGGAUCCACAAGGUCAAAAUCAUACAUCUUAACGAGUAUCGGGUUUGGUGCAUACAUGUUUUCUCUCCUGGCAAUGUUGACGGACUCAUCUACCAUGAUUCUGUGGGUUUGGAGCGGCUACCCUACUAAUGGACCUUCCCCUGUUCCUCAUGGUGCCGUUACUCUUGCAGUUAUGUGUAUCGGUACAUACUGUGGAUUCUACAAUCCAUCGCUUUUCAAGACUGUGAGCGUUUUUGGUGCUAUUGGUUCUCUUAUGCUUUACUUCUUUUCGGGAUGGCUUGGCUAUUUUGGAGCAACUCUUUACACGUUUUGGUUAUCAUACAUUUCUCCUGUAUGUUUUGAGAGGAUCUCAAUCCAUUAUAAAAACAUAGCCAAAGUCAUGUUUGCAGCUACAGGCUUCAUGACCAUAUUGGUUUUGAUGCACGUUUGGGUUGUUGCAUAUGCAUUUGUGCCUGGUGGACCAUUAUUGCGUGAAAGAACAGACAUUGUUCUGGGCUCAUCUGUCUUAUCCAUCUGUCUCCUGAUGUAUAAGGCGCCUCCUAUUGAUCCAAAAGAUGCAAAGGCUACAAAAUAUGUGGCCAAAUUUGGAAAUUUUGUCAUCUCCUUCCUGCUUCUAUCUGCUAUUAUUGCCUUCAACCGUUUUCAAUAUGAAGUACCAAAACCUUACCAUCCAAACUCAAGAUUGGUAACCGCAGGUAUCUGGACCAUUCAUUUUGGUUUAGAUAAUGAUAUGUGGGCAAGUGAAUACCGCAUGCGUGACUUGAUUCGUGAUGCAGAGUUAGAUGUUGUUGGACUUUUGGAGUCGGAUACCGAAAGAAUCAUUAUGGGUAACCGUGAUCUGACUCAGAGAAUAGCUGAAGAGUUGAACAUGUAUGCUGAUUUUGGACCUGGUCCUAAUAAACAUACGUGGGGUGCAGCACUUUUGUCUAAAUUCCCUAUCUUGAAUUCCACACACCAUUUACUACCUUCACCAGUUGGUGAGCUAGCACCUGCUAUCCAUGCAACUCUAGACAUGUAUGGCACCUUGGUUGAUGUUGUUGUUUUCCACUCGGGCCAAGAAGAGGAUGAAGAAGAUCGAAGACUCCAAAGUUUGGAGCUACAGAGAAUCAUGGGUAGCAGUGACAGACCCAUGAUACUAUUAAGUUAUUUAGUAACUACUCCUUUGGAAGGUAACUACAAUACCUAUGUCAGUGAUAAAUCUGGGAUGCAUGAUAUCGACAGUAGUGACGAUGAUCGUUGGUGUGAAUACAUCCUGUACAAAAAGUUGAAGAGAACAGGAUAUGCCAGAAUUAGUAGAGGCAGUAUAACGGACACUGAACUUCAAGUUGGUAAAUUUGUUGUUCCCCAUGAAAAAGACUAUCUUGACGGAUACUCUGAUGUUAAAGUACCUGAGGUUUGGAUUAAUAAAGAUAAAAGGUUUCCCUCCAUCUUCAGGGGAGAAGGCAUCGGAGAACACCGGUAUCACGUGUUUGACGAACCAAGGUACUUUAUCCACUAGAAACUAUAUGCGACACACUCGUUUGGAGCUAAUAAUGAUUUGACAUGUAAAAAAUAUACCUACUUCUUUCGCUAAUAUAAUAGAAAUAGAUUGUAAACGUGACGUCGCCGUUGCCCAAUUUUGUAAGGAACGUUUUUUUUUCGGUCUUCGCACC